CUCCCGGCAGCCUCCCCGCUCCUCUCAGAGCUUUUCUUCCCCCAGCAGCGGCAGCGGGACCUUCUGGCUGCUCACACCGGAGACUGAUUGCCCUGCAGAGCCUCUCACGGACCGUUCUCUGGGUCGCUCAUCCCUCCCCGCCCUCACCUCUCUACAUUCGGGCCUUUUUCUCCCCUCCUUUUCCGCCGGUUUGGUUUUUUUAUUUUUUACCCCCCCCAGCCUGUGACAGCUUCUCCGCGGCCCACUUUGGUUCGGUGCGGUGACAUGGUAGAUUACCACGCUCCUACUAAUCAAUCUACCGGCGGUGCGCAGACCUACAUGGAGCAGGAGAACGACUGGGACCGGGACCUGCUGCUGGACCCGGCCUGGGAGAAGCAGCAGAGGAAGACCUUCACGGCGUGGUGCAACUCCCACCUGAGGAAAGCCGGCACGCAGAUCGAAAACAUCGAGCAGGACUUCAGAGAUGGGCUCAAGCUCAUGCUGCUGCUGGAGGUCAUCUCAGGAGAACGGUUACCAAAGCCGGAGCGAGGCAAGAUGAGGGUGCACAAGAUCAACAACGUGAACAAAGCCCUGGACUUCAUCGCCAGCAAGGGGGUCAAGCUGGUGUCCAUCGGAGCAGAGGAAAUCGUUGACGGGAACGCCAAGAUGACGCUGGGAAUGAUCUGGACCAUCAUCCUCCGCUUUGCCAUCCAGGACAUCUCUGUUGAAGAGACCUCCGCCAAGGAGGGACUGCUCCUGUGGUGCCAGAGGAAGACGGCGCCAUACAAGAACGUCAACGUGCAGAACUUCCACAUCAGCUGGAAGGACGGCCUCGCCUUCAACGCUCUGAUCCACAGACACAGACCCGAUCUCAUCGACUACGAGAGCCUCAGAAAGGACGACCCCGUUACUAACCUGAACAACGCCUUUGAGGUGGCCGAGAAGCACCUGGACAUCCCCAAAAUGUUGGACGCUGAAGACAUCGUGGGCACUCUGAGGCCGGACGAGAAGGCCAUAAUGACCUAUGUCUCCUGCUUCUAUCACGCCUUCUCUGGCGCACAGAAGGCUGAGACAGCCGCCAAUCGUAUCUGCAAAGUGCUGGCGGUCAACCAGGAGAAUGAACAAAUGAUGGAGGACUACGAGAAGCUGGCCAGUGACCUGCUAGAAUGGAUUCGUAGGACGAUCCCCUGGCUGGAGAACCGAACCCAGGAGAAAACCGUAAAAGACCUGCAGGCCAAACAGGAGGACUUCAGAGACUACCGCACAGUGCACAAGCCGCCCAAGGUCCAAGAGAAAUGUCAGCUGGAGAUCAGCUUCAACACUCUGCAGACAAAACUGAGAUUGAGCAACAGACCUGCCUUUAUGCCCUCAGAAGGACGCAUGGUGUCUGAUAUAAACACAGCGUGGCACACUCUGGAGGGAGCAGAGAAGGGCUACGAGGAGUGGAUCCUCAGCGAGAUCAGGCGUCUGGAGAGACUGGAGCAUCUGGCUGAGAAGUUCCACCAGAAGGCCGCCAUCCAUGAAUCCUGGACCGACGGCAAGGAGGCCAUGCUGACCCAGAAGGACUACGAGACCUCUACUCUGUCAGAAGUGAAAGCUUUGCUACGGAAACACGAGGCCUUUGAGAGCGACCUGGCGGCCCACCAGGACCGAGUGGAGCAGAUCGCUGCCAUCGCUCAGGAGCUCAACGAACUGGACUAUUACGACGCCGCCAGCGUCAACGCUCGCUGCGAGAAGAUCUGUGAGCAGUGGGACAUUUUGGGAUCCCUCACCCACGGCCGCAAAGAAUCACUGGAGAGAACAGAGAAGCAGUUGGAGUCGAUAGACGAGCUCUACCUGGAGUACGCCAAGAGAGCGGCGCCGUUCAACAACUGGAUGGAGGGAGCCAUGGAGGACCUGCAGGACAUGUUCAUUGUUCACAAUAUCGAGGAGAUCCAGGGUCUGAUCACCGCCCACGAGCAGUUCAAGUCCACCCUCCCCGAGGCCAACAAGGAGCGCGAGGCGAUCCAGGCCAUCCAGGCUGAGGUGCAGAAGAUCGCCCAGAGCAACGGCAUCAAGCUGAGCGGAGCAAACCCCUACACCACCAUCACACCCCAGAGCAUCGACAGCAAGUGGGAGAAGGCGAUGGCCAUGGUGCCGCAGAGAGACAACGCGCUGCAGGACGAGCUGAACAAGCAGAACUCCAACGACUCUCUGAGAGCCACGUUCGCCGCGCAGGCCAACACGGUCGGCGCCUACAUCCAGGCCAAGAUGGAGGAGAUUGGCAGGAUAUCCAUCGAGAUGAACGGCACCCUGGAGGACCAGCUGACCAGCCUGAAGGACUACCAGACCACCAUCAUGUCCUACAUGCCUGAAAUCAACAAGUUGGAGGGAUACCACCAGCACAUCCAGGAGGCUCUGAUCUUCGACAACCAGUACACGUCCUACACCAUGGAGCACCUGCGUGUGGGCUGGGAGCAGCUCCUCACCACCAUCGCCAGGACCAUCAACGAGGUGGAGAACCAGAUCCUGACGCGUGACGCCAAGGGCAUCAGCCAGGAGCAGCUCUACGAGUACCGCGCCUCCUUCAACCACUUCGACAAGGACCACAGCGGGGCCCUGAAGGCGGAGGAGUUCAAGGCCUGUCUCAUCAGUCUGGGCUACGAUGUGGAGAACGACAAGCAGAAGCGAUCGGGUCAGAUGGUGUCAGAUGAUUUCCGGGCUCUGCUCAUUUCUACAGGGAACAGUCUGGGUGACGGCGAGUUCAAUCGCAUCAUGGGCAUCGUAGACCCCAACAACACCGGCACCGUCACCUUCCAGGCCUUCAUCGACUUCAUGUCCACGGAAACGACCGACACGGACACCGCCGACCAGGUCAUCGCCUCCUUCAAGAUCCUGGCUGGUGAUAAGAACUUCAUCACGGCCGACGAGCUGAGGAGGGAGCUGCCGCCGGACCAGGCCGAGUACUGCAUCGCCCGCAUGGCGCCCUACGCCGGGCCCGACGCCAUCCCCGGCGCCCUGGACUACAUGUCCUUCUCCACCGCCCUGUACGGAGAGAGCGACCUGUAGAGAAGCAGCGGAGGAAGAGGAAGAAGGGGGGGGGGGG